UUGUUCAGUGACGUAGUCGCAAAGGAAAUUGAUUUGGAUUACCGAAUUUUCGUUUUAGGGGGCUGCAUAUUGCCCGAGUGCUUAUAAAAGCAAGCGCCCUGCCACGAGAAGGUAUACAGCUUAUGAGCGGUGAACAGAAUCAAAGAAAACACAAAGCUGAAACAUAACGACUGCGCAUUCUUAUAGUCACCAGUAUGGCAGAUUCCAAGACCGUUCUGCGGAUUUUAUUAGCAGUGGUAUUUCUGCUCGCUUUUUGCAAAGUCUGCGUUUCCAGACCUGUUAGUGCUUUGGAACAAUCUCAGGGAAUGAAUUUCCUUACAAAGUAUGGAUACUUGGUACCUAAAGAUCCGCGACAGGGGCACCUACGCACGAGGGAAGAGCUGACCAAAGCCAUCCGAAUGCUGCAGAGAUUCGCAGGGCUGAACGAAACAGGAGUAAUGGAUGCCGCUACUAUCGCGCAGAUGGGCAAAUCAAGAUGCGGCAUGCCUGAUUUUAGUCCGGCUGAUAAGGCUCGCAGAAAGAAGAGAUAUCAGCUGCAUGGAACAUUCUGGAAGAAAAAUGACUUGACGUAUAGAAUCAAGGGCUACACAUCAGAUCUCCCAAAAAGCGACCAAGAGCGCAUCUACAAGUGGGCCUUUGCCCAGUGGACCGGAGUCAGCAAACUGAAGAUCAGGGAAGCCUCCCCAGACCUCCCCGAUGACAAAGUCGACAUCCUCAUCGAUUUCGUCCGUGGUUACCAUGGCGACGGCUACCCAUUCGACGGUCCAGGCGGCACUCUCGCGCAUGCGUUUUACCCGCACAACAAUGAGGGCAUUUCCGGUGACGCCCACUUCGACGAUGAUGAGGAUUUCACUACCGGGAAAGACUCCGGCAUUAACCUGGACUGGGUGGCGCUGCACGAGUUCGGUCACAGCCUUGGGAUCGACCACAGCGAGGUGCACGGAUCCAUCAUGUUUCCAUGGUACCAGGGAUACAAGCAGAAAAUAAAACUGACUUGGGAUGACGUCAUGGCUAUUCAAGGCAUAUAUGGUAAAAAUGAGGAUGGUCAGACUAAACCCCCACCAGUGACCGUGAAACCCUACACGGGACCGACCACGCCUACAAAGUUCCCCCCUGCGGUCGACAUGUGCAAGGUACCCCGUUACGAUGCGUGGCUGUUAGGCAAAGACGGGGUCACAUACGCCUUCACUGGAGAUUACUACUUCACUAUCACUGACCCUUCUCUCAUUGGAGGCAAGGGACCGUUCAAGGUGGCCGAUAAAUGGAAGGAGCUGCGAACGCCAAUUGAUGCCGCCUACACUCGCAAAGACGGUCGUUAUGUUUUCUUCAAGGAUGGAUUUUAUUGGAAAUAUUACCAGACAACACUAGAAGAACACAAACCAAUCACCGCGUACGGCCUUCCAGAGGAGCUUAGCGGAAUGGAUGGAAUAUUCGUAUGGGGACGCAACAGCCGGACCUACAUAUUCAAGGAUGGUUACUACUGGCGCUACGACGAGUACAACAGCCGAAUGGAUCUGGGGUAUCCACGACAAGUCGACGGUGUAUGGAAGAACAUCCCUGACAAAGUCGACGCCAUCAUGAAAUGGCGCAACGAGAAAACGUAUUUCUUCAAAAGUGGCCAGUACUGGAGAUUAGACGAUUUUUCUAUCCAGUCUGAAUCAGGAUACCCACAGUCGAUAGCCAAGAAAUGGAUGUUGUGCAGCUCAAGUGAGAUUGGUCUUCCGGACCCAACGAUCAUUCCUACAACUGACUCUAAUUCCACAGUGAAUUCCACUGCGACCGUAGUGUCGGCCAAGGAUAAGUCCUCAGCGGUUUCCGUCUUCCCUAGUUUGGUUAUGCUCGCAAUAAGUGUCUUUACGGCGGGGAGGGCUCUUUAGGGAAUAAACACAAAUUAUAGGCAAAUCUUUUAAUAAAAGUUUGAAAUCAUCACACCUUUGUGGUGGUUUUUGAACAAGAGGUAGGAUAUUCGCUCGGAUAGCGCCACGCCCUGAUUAAGCAAACCGCGAAAAAAUUGGAAUCUUUUAGAGGUGAAGGACCACAGACGAGGGAAAUCGCCUUGCUUAGUCCGACGGCAGACAGUAGAUAUGUAAAUAAGCCCUUUUUUUGUUAUGUUUUGAUUUGAUUUUGUUAUGGUGCGUAGAAAUUUAAGAGCAAAUUCUUAUCACCAUUUUAAUCAUUUUGAUUGGGCCUUGUUUCAUCACUCUUUCAUUUCAUUAAUCGCCUGAGUUCGGUAUACGCUAAAAGCGCCGUGAAUUUGCUCAUUUUUUUUCUACGCAUUUGUACAGAGAGUAUUUAUAAACGCACAUUUUCUAAAUUAGAAUGAGGUGUAAAUUUUUAACAUUUUCUAGUUAGGCACACGUUGUUGUGGUUGUAGAAAUACGUUGUGUAGGCAAAGAGAUAUCUAAUUUUUAGCAAGUAUCUUUUUAUACUCCAUUUAAUUUAUUGGUGGAUAUUUAUUGCAAAAUGGAAAAUAAAGGCUGAAAAUUUUAAAA